AUGUGCGUUUUCACAAAGGCCGUCUUCUCCCUCAUAAUCAUUAACAAGGCCGGUGGUCUAAUCUACCAACGUGAAUUCCAAGCCGGCCUGCGCAAGCUCUCCACAAACGACUACCUGGUCCUCGCCGGUACCUUCCAUGGUGUUCACGCCAUCACGCGCUCCAUCACCCCGAAACUCCCCCUCCAAAAUACCGCUUCUCUCGUCGCCUCAUCGCCCGGUACAAGCGCCCCUACUACAUCAGGAUUCUCCUAUCCCAACCCUGGCGUCCCUGUAUCCGGCCUUGAGUACCUCGAGACAGACAAGUUUCGAUUGACCUGUUUCCAGACGUUGACAGGGACCAAGUUCUUGCUCUUCACAGACCCCAUGACUGGGACCGUUGAAACAAUUGUGAAUAAGAUUUAUGAGCUCUAUGCCGACUAUGUGAUGAAGAACCCGUUCUACCAGCUUGAAAUGCCGAUUCGUUGUGAGGCUUUUGAUCGUCAUCUUGGAGCUUGGUUGAGGGGGCGGACAUAG